GGCUGCUCACUCCAGAGCGGCACCAAGCCUGAGGGAAACACAGGGGGCCUGGCAGCUCCCAGGGACAGACAGAGCUGGGGAGACAUUGAGUCCAGAGACAGACGAGCUGAUCCAAGCAGCAAGGGGACCGGCCAUCAACCAUACCUCAGCAGCCAUGGCCUCAGCAGCUCCCAUAGAGCAAAUGUUAGAAGAAGCCACUUGUUCCAUCUGCCUGGAGUAUCUGACAGAGCCGGUGACCAUAGACUGUGGGCACAACUUCUGCCGAGCCUGCAUCACCCAGUACAGUGAGCACAGGGAGUCUGAAUCAGGCACAAUGAUCCUCUGUCCCCAGUGCCGAGAGCCACUCCAGAAAGGGAAACUCCGGUCCAACAGGCAGCUGGCUGAUAUUGUAGAGAACAUAAAAAAACUGGGGUUAAAGCCAGAGAAUGCGCAGGAGAAUCUUUGUGAGAGACAUGAGGAGAAGCUCCAACUCUUCUGUGAGGAGGACGGAGAAGCCAUCUGUGUGAUUUGCAGGGAGUCCCGGGCUCACCGCACUCAUGCUGUGGUCCCCAUAGAGGAGGCUGCCCAGGAUUACAAGGUGAAACUCCAGGAAGCUCUGGGCCCUCUGAGGCAGGAGCUGGAGGAGGCCCUGGAGCGGACAUCUGAAGAGGAGGAGAAAACCACAGAGUGGCAGGAAAAAGUAGAGAAUCGGAGACAGUUGAUCACAUGUCAAUUUAAGAAAUUGCACCAGUUUCUGAGUGAGGAAGAGCAGCUGUUACUGCAACGACUGGCGGAGGAGGAGAGGGAGACUCUGCAGAAACUACAGGACAAUAUAACAAAGCUCUCAGAGCAGAGUGCCACUUUGCAGCAGCUGAUCACAGAGGUAGAAGAGAAAUGCCGGCAACCAGCUGCUGAGCUGCUGAAGGAUGUGAAAAGCACAUUGAUCAGGAGUGAAAAUGUGACACUCCAGGAACCAGAAGCUGUUUCUCCUGCCCUGAAGAAUGUGUAUAAAAUCUGUCUUGACAUGAAGGAAAUGCUGGAGAGAUUCACCGUGGAUGUGACUCUGGAUCCAGACACGGCUCAUCCCAGCCUCAUCCUGUCUGAGGAUCAGAAAACUGUGACAUACGAAGACAAACAACAGGAUCUGCCUGACAAUCUUAAGAGAUUUGAUACUUAUCCCAUUGUCCUGGGCUUUAACAAAUUGACGGGAGGGAGGCAUUACUGGGAGGUGGAGGUGGGAGACAAAACAAACUGGACUCUGGGGAUUUGUACAGAAUCUGUGACAAGGAAGGGGAAUAUCUACCUAUCACCUGAGAAUGGGUUCUGGACAGUGUGUCUGAGAUAUGAGGAAUAUAAGGCCCUCACGUCCCAUUUGACUCCACUGUCCAUGAGUGUCAGGCCUAGACGAGUGGGGAUUUUCCUGGACUAUGAUGUGGGUGAGGUCUCAUUUUACAAUGUGACUGACAAGUCCCAUCUCUUCACUUUCACUGACACCUUCUCCGGGACGCUCCACCCUUAUUUUUAUACUGGUUACAAAGAGGGGUUUAGAAACACAUCUCCCUUGAUAAUCUGCCCAGUCCCUGCUCAGGCUGGAGGGAAUCUCUGUGCCUGACAGUGACACCCAUGGAGAAGCCUGUCCCCUCCCAGCGCUGACCAGCCCCCAGGUGUGUUCCCAUAGGGAUGGUCUAGGGCAUCACCUGCCUGCCACCGCCUCCCCCCCAGUUCCCAGCACCAAGCCUGUGAGCUAGGGUAGAGGAGAGGGGCAGAGGGGGGAUGUAGGCUGCUGGGUUGUGGGCGUGCAGAGGCAGAGAUGUGUGUAGAUACAAUGUCAGGGGUGGCUGCUGUUGCUGAUGUAAGGGGGACUGUUGUCCCCUUACUGAAACUUAGUGGGGAUUUUUGGUUGGUGCUCUCCCAGUACCAGAAGAAAGGGGAAGUGCAGAUGAGAAACCAGGACCUUGGACUGACAGUCCCCAGGGCCAAUGGGGAGAGGCAAAUGCUCCAGGUCAACCUGAUUGACAAUGCAGGCAGGCCAAUGAGGGAGUAAGGAGUGCGGGGUCCCAUCCUCUGUCUGCCCAGAGGGGCCGAACUAGAGCCACAACAGCCAGAACGAGAGAAGCAGCCCAGGGAUCAGAGCUGGAGGCAGAACACCAGUAGUGCUGAGGCACAGUGAAGAUGGGGCUGGAGCAGUCCGGAGCUGGGUGUGGUGAGCAGCUGGGGAGAGCGAGGGGGUCCCUGGGCAGUGGGCCCAGCACAGGGAGACCCCACCAGCCAAGAGGCCUUGCAGGCCAGAACUGACAGUGAACCAUAACCCUGAUGUGGGGGCCGAUGCUGGGGAGAAGGGUUCUGCCACCUAGAGCCUGAGGGUGUGUGGCCAUUGCCAGAGUAAGUGUCCAACCCGCAACAUCCCUGCAGCACAGCCAGGGCAGGAGGCCUGGGACAUGUGAGGAAGAGCCUGUGAACUGCCCUUAAAUUGCAGAGACUGCUGUUUGUGAUGUCCUCAUGCCAUGGAGUGGGGUUACUUGUUUCCUUUAACCUUUUACAUUUUUUCCUUAUUUUUUUAAUUGGUUGCUGUUCAAUAAAUUGUAUUUGCUUUGAAAUGUAUGUAAUGAUCAGUGGGUCAGGGAAGUGUCCAGAGUGGAGAGAGCACCUCAGAGUGGGGACACUCUAGCCUUUGUCCUAAGUGACCAUGACAAGAUUGUGGGUCAAGCCCCCGAGGAAUCCUAGGCCCAGCAUUGUUGGGGUUACAAGGACUCUGCCACACAGGAGAGUGGAAGGGGAGCCCUUGAGGUCAGGCAGGCUUCUGUGUAAAGGAACUGGAGGUGAGGACUAAGAUCCUUUCUCUAGCCAAUUCCACACGGGUAGUGUAUAAGACAGGAAAGUUCCCCACAAUAGUGGGACCAUUUCCCCGCUUACACUAGGGUGGAGUGGGACGGGGACUGCAGCAGUAGGAAGUGAAAAGCCCAGAUCACAAGAGGAAGACUUGGGGGAGGGGUAUGUA